AAACUCCGAUUGAUGGCAAAAAUUGAAAAUCGGGCGCGUAUCUACUUUUAAUCCGAUACCUAAGAGAGUCAUCUAGAUUUAUGUAUGGAUGUCCAAAAUUAUUUAAGAUAGAAAGUUAGGAUGGAUUCAGAGUUGCAUCCUGGCGACGGAGACACAAUCAAUGCCCUCGCGCUCAGUGCUGAGGUUGACAAAGGGGAUGAAGAACCAUUCUUCGCAGAUCAGGCGUUGUCGGAGGCGAUGGAGCAGACAAUAGCAGAAACAACAAUGAAGGAUGUGGGAGAGGAGGACGUGGAUGAAGCUCUACGAAACUUAGCGAAUCUAGAUAAUUUUGACGAAUUCUUUGAUGAUGCUAUUGAGCCAUCGAUACCUGAAGCUGCGCCAAGUUCACUCUCUGGGACUCAUGAGAACCAAAGUUUGGAUGCACCAGCUCGAUUUGACGCAGAAACCUCUGAGGUUGUGCUUGUCGAGUGCACCAGUGAGAAUGUUGCUCCUUUUGUCAUAAAAAAUGAACCUGUGUCUGAUGAAGAGGAAAUGACAGAAUUCAAAGAAGAUAAACAAGACAUUAUUGACCAAGUGGGAAUCUCUAUUCCACUUGAACAAAGUUUGUCACUUGUGCCAAACUUGCCAGCAAAUUUUGGAUUAAAAAGUUUCGACUGGGAGGAGCCUGAGAAGCCUGCGAUCCCUAGUAGCAUUGCGGGUCAACCAUUUACUAUCAAAAUUAGAAAUGAUUUGCUUCAGACUAGAAUUAAGGAAGAGGCAGUGAAUGAACCAGAUGAGAAAUUAGAAGAACCAGCAAAGACUUUGACCGAGACGGAAAAUGUUCAGGCUGACCAAAAUCAAGAGAAACCGGAAGAAAGGGUUGAGCUGAAGGCCUCUAGCACACAUGGCAGUUCAGCUGAUUCAGAUGUAGCUGCAAAAGAGAAGCAUGAGAAGAAAGUCGAGAAGAAAAAGAAGGCUAAAGAAACUAAAAAAGUGUCAAAAGUAGUUAACAAGAAGCCACCGGCAGUUCGGUCUGGAAUUCGCUUGUUGGAACACGGAGCUCCAGUCCAAUGGUUGAUAGACGCAGUGAGAAUCAUGUUGAGGUCAAAGCAUAAUUAUUCCGCUCAAGACAUGGACACUUGCUUGGACCAGUUGACCGUUCUUCCGUGCGUCGUCAAUCUUCGCCGUUUGAGCGAAGCAGAGAUCAAGGUGGCGUGCAAAGCAAAAAAGAAGACUAUGGAAGUUGAACCACCUCAGAAUUACAGUUCGUCAAAGAUGAAGGUGAUUAGAAACGAAAUAGUGGAUCUCAUCUUAGCCAAAGAGGAAAUGGGGAAGGAGGAGGCGAAGGAGCAGAAAAAGUUGAAAGAGCAAGCAAAGAAGAGGAAGUCGCAGGGCAAAGAAAAGGAGAAGAAGAAAAAGAGGCAACGACUUAUGUCUACCGAUGAAGAUUCUGACAAAGAUUCCAAAAAGUCUGUGAAAGUCAAAUCAAAAAGUGCCGCGGUAGAUGACGCAAGUAAAUCAGUAUUUGAGUCGGCGGAAGAAACAAGAUCUGAGGGGUCAAUAUCCAGGGACAGUAGUGUUUCCAGAGGUGAAGAAAAAGCCAAGGAAAAGAGCGAGACUGAAAAGACUGUUGCCAGAAGUGAUUCUAGAAAUGAAGAGCCGGUAAAGAUAAAGAAGGAGGUAGUUGAAAAGGCUGACAAAGAUACCUUGCCGGAAAGAAGUAAUUCCAGAUCUGAGGAGAAAAAAGACAAGGAAAAGAAAGAAAGAAAGGACAAAAAAGAAAAUGAGAAAGAAAGAGAGCUGAAAGAGAACAGCAAAAAGCAAAGCAAGCAAGAAAAGAAUCGAGUUAAGAAGCCAGAGGUUCCUAAACCGUUGCAGACACCAUCUUUCAAAAUUCCGAAAAGAACAGAAACUUCCAAACCACCCAAGGAGUUUUCCAUACUUCCUGCCCAAGAUCUUGAACACCGCAGACCUGAAAAGAAAGUACCUGUGCAGAAUGUGCCGAGGGUAGGAAGAAAGGCUGUCACAUUAGAGAGAUCUGUCCAAACUGACCCACUCAGCUGCAUGAAAAACUACAGUGGACCUAGUGUAGAGGAUCUUAUGCUUUUGGCGCGGCAGCAAAUUAGAGAAGCGCCAAUAGUUCUUGCAAGAUGGUCCAGGAAUCCACCAGUGGCAGCUGCUGAGUUGGUCCGCUUCCAACAUAUCAGGCAGAAGAAAGCAGAGGCAGAAAAAGCGGCCAGGGAAGUGGAGAAGCAUAGAGAGACUGAUAGACUGAAGCACAAGAUUUCCGUCAACGACUACAAGAACCGAAAAUACACUCCAAAGCCAUUGAGCAAAAUGGGCCAAACAGAACGGAAACACCAAGAAACUCUGAUGCGCAGAGAGCACAGGGCCCACCAAGAUACUGUGCCAAAUGGCCUGGAGGCUGCUCUACCAUCAACCACUGGAAGCAGAGACGUCAACUCUCCUCAGGUGGAGGACGUCGGCCAAUCUGUGAACAGGAGGCUUGCUCCUGAAAGUGACAAACCUCACGCCUCCACAACCCCAAGAUCUGAAACACACCACAAACAGCAUUUUGCAGUGCCUAAAUCUAGUCCAAGCAUCGCACAGGACAACAUUAUGGAGGAAGCAGGUUUCUCUCCCCUUCAAAAUUCUCUAGGUAACAGCACCCCUACACAAGACGAGCUGGACCUGACAAGUAUUGUGAAAACAAGCAGCUCUUUCAUGAUCCCAACUUCUCAGCUAAAUACCAGUGAUAUUCCCGCAAAUAUUUCAUUAGAUGAACGAUUACGCCAGACUAACCCAUUCCUCAUGCAGCUUGCAUCGCAAAAAGCAGCUCCAAGUCCAGUGCCACCUCCAGUCAGAGCACCAAACGCACAAAGUUCUCCAAGGCCGUCUUUCUUUCCUUUGCCUGGUGCGACCCCUCCUCAAAUGGAUUCCUCAAGGAGUCCUGCUCUCGGCAACGGACUUGCAUUUCCUUACAGCUCGCCAAAUGCAUUUGGUGUACCUCAACCUGUGCCUCAUCCAAUCACUGCAGCUCUAAAGCCUGUACCUCCGCCAACUGUGGUAACAGUUCCAGAACUUAGCAAUAUAUGGAACGCCUCCAAUCUCCUUGAUGUGCAGGACUUUGACCGGCAAAUCAAAGGCCACAAACUGCCUUCGUUGUUUAGAGACACGUCUGAGGAGGUUUCAUUCUGGAAGUUAGUGUUGGACGAGUUUCCCAUUCCUGAAUUUUUAUGUAACAGAUGUGUUGUUGAGAUGAAAGGUCAAGGGUGCAAAGUUCCCAGAUGUCCUCAGCUGCAUGAGUUGGUGUCAAUGAGUAUCUGUAUGCAAAACCUAUCACCAAUCAGAAGUCUGGAGUGUUACUUGUCCAUCCGACAGAAGCAGUUCACUGUGUACUACCAGCCAUGUUUUGAAGAGCUUUUGAAGAAGUUGUCUCGAGCCAGUGAAGCUCGGCUGCUCUUGUGCCUGUGCUACGAAGUCAUGUACCGUGAAGAUGAACUUGGGCCUUACUGGUGGUCUCGCCUAGUAGAAGCUCUCUUGCAAGUCGCUGACGCAAUUAGAGAUGACAACGCCUUUGAGUUGAAAAGAGUGUUAAUCUACGUCAUGGGCCACAGAACUUGCACUUUGAUGCUGCGGAAUGAAGUUGCUCGGCUCAGCAUCAGGACAUACCAGCACGUGCAUGUGGUGCUGAAUGAACUUUUCAGAGACAGAGAUUUCGUUGCUCAUAAGAGUAUCGUAGAGCCUCUCAUCGAGCACAUCUUACUGAACAAAAUUCAGCCUUGGACCAAACGUGCCUUGGAGAUUCUGGUAGCAAAUGUGCCUGACAGUGUUUGGCAUCGUUUCAAACAGGGUGUCAUCCAUGAAUUGGCCUACUUGUGCGGGGAGUCUGACAGAAUUUCCCUGUAUACCAAGUCUGGCAGGGCGCCACCCACUUCCGCUGCAUUUGGAAGGCAAAUUCCAACCCUUAUCAAAAGUGCAUCUACACAGUCCCCAGCUGCUCCGUCAAAACUUGAUGUAAAACCUCCUCUUCCGCCUCCAAAUCCCUUGCAGCGGUCGAUAAACCCUCCCUUGCCUCCGUCAGCUUCUCCUUUGCCACCCCUGCCUCCAGAAGUACCAGCAGAGAUACCACCGCCUCCACCAACAUCUGUUCAGCCACCUCCAAUGCCUCACGAAAUUUUGAUCAGUGGAGUAGACAUGAGCAGGCCGUACAGUCCUUCUGAGAAGGCUGAUGAUGAGCUGGAUGACCCCUUCGAUGUUGAGCACAAUGCUGAAUCAUUGAAGGUGCUCUGCGUUGGACAUGACAAGCCCGAACUGAUUCGUGAUUUGUUUGCGCGAUUGUUGAGAGCUGUGGAAUCUGAAGACUUUGCCAGAGUUACUUCAAUUGUUCUGAGACAUCCUGGUGACAAGUUGCCCCGGGGGCGAAUUUUGUACAAUAUUUUAAAGGAGAGGAUGCAGAGGCCUAGCCAAGGUUUUCUGAAAGUUGCAUCUUAUGCUAGUGUCAAAAGCAAUGCUCAAACUGCACAAGCUGGACUGGCGCAAAAAUUUCACAAUCUUCUCGGCACCAUUGGGAUCAACAUUUUGCUCGAUCUGGUUGACCAAGACUGUAUGAAUGAAGCUCUACCUGUCUACUUGACUACCAAGAGCAUGACCCACUUCAACUGGGACAAUGUUACGUCUUACAGGGACUCACCUAUUUCUUUGGAACAGAUUCUGCUUAAAAGUUGCAAGAUGUGCUUCAGAAUGGGACACACACCAGAAGCAUAUGAUCUGCUGAAGAAGUUCCAACAGACCACUGGUUCAAGAGGAUCAAAAGACUUGCUUGAUGUGUUAGAGCUCUUAAUAGAAAAUUCUUUGAACGAGCAUAAAUACAAAGAAACUCUUUUACUGUGGACUCAUGCCAGGGAUACAAAACUGAAGUUUUGCCUCACAAACAACAUCCCCUCUGAACUCCCCAAAAAUACUCUUUCAUUCAUGGUUCGGCUACUCAACAACAAUGAUUUGGAAUUGGUGUUGCAACUUUGGAAAGAAAUGAGAGACGCUCCCAAUUGCCUAGAUAAGAGAACGACAAGAGCAGUUGUGCAGAGAUUGCGUAAGAUAAAUUUGGAGUUUGCGCUGGAUGCCUACAACGCAGGUCGGCUGAACUCUGCUUAUCCGCCUCAAAUGACAAAUCACAGACAAGUUAACAUGUUUUCCUAUUGGACAUAUGAGGAAAUUUAUGUGAUAAUGGAGGAUGUGUUACGAAGACUGGAGAAAACCAUGAAAGGAACUGAUAUUUCUGAUUUCUCUCUCCUCAUUACACUCGAAGAGCUGCCAGAACCGCCUUCUUCCACAGACACAAUUGAGGAAGUCAAAAUGCCUUUUGUAGAUAACUCUUUGCUGACUUUGCAUGAAAGGAUCCAAGAUGUUCUGUCCAAAAUGAACCCACCCAUCGUUCUAAACCCACGUGGAGAUCCCAAGGUGAAAACUGUUCGCGCCAACCCGGUAUCACUCAGAUGUCAUCUCGUGCAGAGGCGAAUCAGGAUGCAGAGGCAGCAACAACAGCACAACAUGCCUCAGCAACAAGCAUCAUAAGAAGUACUCUACUUUUAAAAAUAUUUUUUAUGUCACUCCCGUGGAGCUGUUCACUGAGGAGGUGCCAGAUGUUACUUGCACAAAUAAUAAAGCAAAUUAUUAGCUUU